CCUCCAGGGGGCGGAAACCCGCAAUCCGGUGGCAGGACCGCCAAUGCUUUGCGUCCUCUGCAGCAGCACCCAGUGCGGUGCAUGGGGCCCGGAGCAGGGCAGGGACUUGGCAGCUUCCAGUAACCGGCUGGGUGGGGAGCCCACCGGCCUCAGCUCUCUAUCCGGUACCAGCGGGUGGAGCCACCUCCACACCCAGUGGGCAAGGGGCCCACAGAAGGGGCAAAGAAGGUACAGAUUACGUCUCUUUGACAGGAUCUCUCUUCAUGAUGAGAAGGAUGGCCUCCUGUGGUUCCAGCAUUUCCAGAGCUCACCAUCUCCACAAGAGAGAACCUUUCCUGGUCUCCGCAUCCAGGCCAGGCCCCUCCCCCAAGAAUCUUACCAACUCCAUUUGCAUCGCUUGCCCAUCCUUCAACUGCUGUGCGCAAAGGCGUGGAGUACUGUGAUUGGUCAGCCCGGAGCACAUGUACCUUCCUUCACAAACCCACCAGAAUCACGUGCUGUGGGGGAAAGGCGUCUUCCAAAAGGAAGGAAGAUGGAAUUGACCAGAAAAGAGGGCAUGGCCUUUACCCUUGAGGAAAGGCUGCAGCUUGGGAUCCACGGCCUAAUACCCCCCUGCUUCCUGAGCCAGGACGUCCAGCUCCUCCGGAUCAUGAGAUACUACGAGCGGCAGCAGAGUGACCUGGACAAGUACAUCAUCCUCAUGACGCUCCAAGACCGGAACGAGAAGCUCUUCUACCGAGUGCUGACGUCGGACGUGGAGAAAUUCAUGCCCAUCGUGUACACGCCCACCGUGGGGCUGGCCUGUCAGCACUACGGCCUGACCUUCCGCAGGCCCCGUGGGCUGUUUAUCACCAUUCAUGACAAGGGCCAUCUUGCAACAAUGCUGAACUCUUGGCCAGAAGAUAAUAUUAAGGCUGUGGUGGUGACUGAUGGGGAGCGCAUCCUGGGCCUGGGAGACCUGGGCUGCUACGGCAUGGGCAUCCCCGUGGGCAAGCUGGCCCUGUACACGGCGUGCGGAGGCGUCAACCCGCAGCAGUGCCUCCCUGUCCUGCUGGACGUGGGCACCAACAACGAGGAGCUGCUCAGGGACCCUCUGUACAUCGGCCUGAAGCACCGGCGCGUGCGUGGGCAGGAGUACGACGACCUUCUGGACGAGUUCAUGCAGGCCGUGACGGACAAGUUUGGAAUAAAUUGCCUCAUCCAGUUUGAAGACUUUGCCAAUGCCAAUGCCUUCCGCCUUCUCAACAAAUACCGCAACAAGUACUGCAUGUUCAACGAUGACAUCCAAGGCACAGCCUCUGUCGCCGUGGCAGGGAUCCUGGCUGCUCUGCGAAUCACCAAGAACAAGCUCUCCAAUCACGUGUUUGUUUUCCAAGGUGCUGGUGAAGCAGCCAUGGGCAUCGCCCACCUCCUUGUCAUGGCCCUAGAGAAAGAAGGCGUACCCAAGGCAGAGGCCACAAGGAAGAUCUGGAUGGUGGACUCCAAGGGGCUCAUUGUCAAGGGGAGGAGUCACCUGAACCAUGAGAAGGAGAUGUUUGCCCAGGACCAUCCUGAAGUGAACUCCCUGGAGGAGGUGGUGAGGCUGGUGAAGCCCACGGCCAUCAUAGGUGUUGCCGCCAUCGCAGGAGCCUUCACGGAGCAGAUUCUGAGGGACAUGGCCUCCUUCCACGAGCGCCCCAUCAUCUUUGCCCUGAGCAACCCCACCAGCAAGGCCGAGUGCACGGCUGAGAAGUGCUACCAGGUCACCGAGGGCCGAGGGAUCUUUGCCAGUGGAAGUCCCUUUAAAGGCGUGACUCUGGAAGAUGGCAGGACCUUCAUUCCCGGGCAGGGAAACAACGCCUACGUGUUCCCCGGAGUGGCGCUGGGAGUCAUCGCAGGCGGGGUCCGACACAUCCCAGACGGGCUCUUCCUCCUGACAGCAGAGCAAAUCGCCCAAGAGGUCUCUGAGCAGCAUCUGUCACAGGGGAGACUGUACCCCCCACUCAGCACCAUCCGAGACGUGUCUCUGAGAAUCGCCAUCAAAGUCCUCGACUUCGCCUACAAACACAACCUGGCCUCCUACUACCCAGAGCCCAAGGACAAGGAGGCUUUUGUAAGAUCCCUGGUCUAUACUCCAGACUAUGACUCCUUUACGCUGGACAGCUACACUUGGCCCAAGGAAGCCAUGAAUGUUCAGAAUGUCUGAUGCAAUCUCAGAGGCUGGUGUGGGGCUGAAUGAAGCCCAGAGUAACACUGACAAUAUAAACGGGUUCCAAAAUGA